CUCUGCUGCUGCUGUGGGGAAGGCCUGGCGUAGAUUGGCGCUGGCUCCCGUCACGAUAAGCCCUAGCCGAGGGCCCGGAGGCCUGUCCGCGUCUUGACGUGUGUCCGGCGGCUGUCGUCAUAUGCUGCUGUAUCUGCGCGUGUCUGUCACCUUUUCUUUUUCUUGAUUCUUUUUUUUAUGCCUCCCCCUCUCCCUCUUCCGCUCUUCUCUCUUCCUUCCGUCUCUCCUCCUUCUCCUUCUCCAUCUUCCUCCUCUCCUUCAUCCCUCCCACCAUGUCCACCCAACAGGGCCAGUGGCUCGCAGCCAAACACCCGCUCCAACGCCUACCCAGUCCGUCCCGCGGCGUCUCAGCCCUAGUCCAUACCCUCGGCAUAAUCAGCGCUGCCUACUCCUUCCAUUUCCUGAUAUACCAAGAAAACACCAUCAACGAAGCGUGGGGCUGGCACAUGCAGUUCCUGACCGUGUGCGGGCUGCUCCUAGCAAGCGUGACGUACGUACUCGCGCUCGCGGCCGACACGACGCUGUCGCGGCACCUCUUCUACGCCAAGAACAUCGUCUCGCUCGCCAGCGCCCCGCUCGCCUUCUGCAUCAGCGUGCUGUACUGGGGCAUCCGCGCCGUGGACCCGAGUCUGCUCAUGCACCCGGACCUGCCGCCGCUGGGCCUGCUGGAGGACCUGUCGCUGCACGCUGCGCCCGCGCUGCUGCUCGGUAUCGACGUCUUGGCUCUUUCGCCGCCUUGGGCCCUUAAGCCCCUGCCUGCGCUCGGUUUGAGCUCCGCUGUCGCUGUCGCCUACUGGUUCUGGGUCGAGCAGUGCUUCUUGCAUAAUGGUUACUACCCUUACCCCCUCUUUGCGGUGCUGGAUACCCGGGAUCGCGUGCUGUUGUUCGCGGCUGCGGCUGUUGUUAUGGCUGCUAGCAUGAUGGCUCUUACCUAUGCGUAUGCUCUUGUUAAUGGGAAAGAGGAAGAGAGCUUGCGUGCUGAUGAGCGCCCGGGUCAUGUCAAGAAGACUUCGUGAGAUGGAAAUGCCCCCGUGUAAAUAGGGUGUGUGCCUUCAAUUUCGUAAACAGAUAGACAGAUGAAAAGAUGGACACAUGUAGAAAGAGAGAUGUACAAAGAACCAAGCAGAGGCUUUCAGAAACACCAAUGCCUUUUGCCAUAAUAUC